AUGUCUGACGGUCAAUGUGAUACAGAAAGCUCUGAAGAGCCUGAGCCAUCCCACCAGGGGAGGAGGCCAAAAACAUCACGUUCUUGCCGGGCCGGGUUGAUAUUCCCCGUGAGCCGUAUUGAGAGAUUCAUCCGGAGAGGAGACUUUGGCGAGCGCGUCGGAGCAGGAGCGUCCGUUUACAUGGCUGCGGUGCUUCAGUACCUGACCUAUGACAUUCUGGACAUUUCCGGGAACAUUGCUGACGGUGACCACAAACGUCGAAUUGCUCCCCGGCACAUACAGCAAGCCAUCAGCAAUGACUCUGAACUCCAUUCCCUGUUUGGAGGUAUUGCCUUCCCUCAGGGGAAAGCGCCCGCGAAGAAGCCAUCUGCCACCACGUCAUCCAGAAAGGGCAGGGGCAAGAAAUCUGGCAAGGCUGUAAGAUCUCAAAAUGUGGUUGCUACAUAA